GCCUCUAUCAGUCAACACACUUCAUCUGAACAGGGACAGCUGGCAUUUCAACAAACAAGUCUUGACUUGAAUUAUGAGUGACAGUGAGAAAACCCUUGAAAAGAACCUAAAGAAACUGCAAUGUCACUUCACCUGGGAGCUAAACAAGGAACAAGCUGACCUCAACCUCCUGGAGAUAAAACUACAUGAAACCCUGGAGGUAGUUCAGGAGGGCUAUGAAGGCAAUCUGAAGAGGCACAGUUUAAACCUGCUGGCUUAUAUUAAACACCUGAAAGGUGAAGAUGAGGGAGCACUGGAAUGCUUAGAGAAGGCAGAGAGGGAAAACGCUCAUGGCGAGAGGCUGUGUGUAGUGACGUAUGGAAACCUGGCCUGGGUCUGCCAUCACAUUGGAGAUGACAUAAGAGCAGAAGGGUAUAUUCAGAAGCUGGAGGAGGUACACAAGGCCAGUGCCACAGCCUCAACCUCUGUCCUGCUUGUUCCCAGAGAGCUCCACAGUGAGAAGGCCUGGUCCCUCCUCAAGUUCUCAAAGCACCACUACACAAGAGCCAAGGAGUGCUUUCAGGAGGCUCUGCAGAUGGAGCCUGAAGAUAAGGAGUGGAACUCGGGUUUUGCCUUCUCUCUGUUCCGCCUGGAGGGACUGGUGACUAGGGAGGGUCAGAGGCUCUCCUAUGAGGACUCCCUUGCUGUUAAACAGCUGAAGAAUGCCCUGGAACUCAACCCAGACAGCGCCAUGACCAGGGUCUACCUGGGCCUGAAGUGCUACAAGAACCGGAGGAACGCAGAGGCCUGGGGCUAUAUGAGGAAGGCUCUGAGUCUGGCACCCUACGACCUCAGUGUGGUACUACAGGUGGGGAGAUUCAUGAAAAAGGAGGAGAGUUAUGAUGAAUCCCUGGCAGUGCUGCGUAGGAUGCUGCAGAGGGCGCCAAACUCUUCCCGCCUGCACCACGAGAUAGCCAACAACUACCGCUGGAAGGCUAAGCAGAGUGGAGACCCCCACGACCAAACACUGCUCAAACGCUGUGUUAUCCAUCUGGAGGAGGGGGCACGCCUCAAUCCCACACACAUCUACCCACAGGUGGAGCUGGCUGUGAGGUACUCAGAGCUGAAGGACACCAGUAAGGCCAUGGAUAAGUUCCAGGAGCUGUGGUCCCGGUCAGACCUGAAGCCCUCCGACCGCCAGGCCUGGCACCGCAUGUAUGGGGACGUCCAGCUCUACCGCCUGGGCUCUGAGAGAACCGCUGUCAACCACUACAAGGAGGGCAUGAGGCUCUAUAACAUAUCAUCUGAAUGGAGUCAAUGUAGAAGAAGGCUGCUCAAAGUGCUGAGGGUUAACAGGGAGAGGAGAAGAGAUGACCCCUAUGAUAUUAGAGAGUUUGUUGACUCAUUCAAGAGAGGGGUUUUUAAUGUGGAGGACGCUGGGGUGUCGGCACUGACACUGGGCCCCCCAUAGUUGACUUCAUCAUGAGUAGCCUUCCGCUGUGGGUCUACCAUCAACAGCUCUUUACUUUCUACAUGUUUGAUCAUUCAUAAUAAUAAUUUACUGAUAAUGAAUUGAAUAUACACUGAGUACAUCAAACAUUAGUAAGACCUUCCUAAUGUUGAG